AAAUCCCUACCAAAUGGACCUAGUACCUGGCGCAACCGCAAGUCCAAAAUGUCUGGCCUUCUGGGGAGCCGUUCCUGGUGGCUUCCAUCACCGGGAAGCCGAGGGUUUUGCUAUCUUUUCGUGUAUCUUGCAGCUCUAUUCACUCUAACCCCAGUUGUCCACGCUGCCGUCGCUGUCGAACCUGGAGCAUUCGGUCAAUUAUCCCAGCUGGCAGAUAACCCUUCUUUUUCCUCGGCCACAACCAACGAAGGCUCCGAAACGUGGUCACCAGUCACGAACUCGAUGCAACUCGGUGAUGGGAAGGAGGAACAGGACGCCUUGCAAAUGAUGACCUUUAUGAAAGACGCGACCCAGACAGACUCAGCCUCAACCGUAAUCUCAAAAGACACAAUGCAAAACGGCAACCUACGAGUAAUGAUCGUAGGAGACUCCAUGUCCCAAGGAAAAGAAGGGGACUACACGUGGCGGUAUCGAAUCUGGGAGUGGUUCCGGGCGCAAAACAUUGCCGUUCAGCUGGUGGGCCCCUACACGGGGACCGCGCCGUCCGAACCGCAGGCCCACGGGGAGCUCCAGCACCAAGCCACGCUGGGCCAGCCCCCGACCAGCGGCGGGUACGCCCCUGACGUGUCCCCGGACUUUGAUCGUCACCAUUUCGCCGUGUGGGGCCGCAUGGCCGCCAUCGACAAGGACUUGAUCUAUGAUGUCCUCAGUGCCCACCAAGCAGACUUGAUGCUGCUAAUGCUGGGGUUCAACGACAUGGCCUGGUUCCAGAGUGAUGCAUCCGGCACCCUGGACAGUAUCCGUACCCUGGUUAUCAAUGCCCGCGCCGCCAACCCCAACCUCAAAUUUGCCAUCGCCAAUGUUCCCCAGCGCAGCCUUAUCCCGGGCCGAGAGGAUAUUCCGUUUAACACCCAUAUCUAUAAUGCGUUGCUGCGGAAUGCUGUCCCAGAGUGGAGUACUGCAGAUUCUCCCAUCCAUUUGGUCGAGCUGCAGGAGAACUACGAUUGUGGACCAGAUGCAUGUCCUGCCGGGUAUGAUGGUCUGCAUCCGAAUCCUGUGGGAGAGUAUCAGAUCGCUCGCGCGUUCAGCCUGACUCUAGUAAAGGAUUACGGGAUCGGAAACACUCCGUUGAUCAUUCCUGACAAGAUUCCAGAGAGGCCUCCCCACUUGUCGUUCAGUUUCUAAGCGAGAUAUAGCAGUAUUCUCCCUGUGCAGUCCAGACUAUCCUCGUCGAUCCACCUACGUAUGUCUUGAUAAGCAAAACCUAGAAGACAUCAUCAUCGUAUUGGUGAUAUUGUAUGCCAUAGCCUUUUCCAUCACUGCCUCCACCCCCUCUGUCCCUCGAUCUAGACCAUACAAAUCGUCCACAAAAGAGUCACACAAAACGGGGAUGAUGCCACGGAUAGAAGAACUCCAGGAUACUGUUAUGCAC